AUGGCGUCUUCAACUACACUAUCCCCCACCAUUAUCCCUACUCAGCUGAGCUCGAGCAAGAAUGGGGUGAGCUCCGCCUCAAAUUUCGCGCUUCCGAAGUUUGGAAAGUGUAAAUUCAAGAGGAUGAAUGUGUCCUGUAUGGCUACGAGUGUCCCGGCCGAUGAUCGCGUGCCGGACAUGGGAAAGAGGCAGCUCAUGAAUUUGCUUCUCCUAGGCGCCAUCUCUCUUCCGUCCGGUGGAAUGUUGUUGCCUUACACUUACUUCUUUGUUCCUCCGGGUGGUCGUGGGUCCGGUGGUGGUACUGUUGCAAAAGAUGCUUUAGGUAAUGAUGUUAUUGCGGAUGAAUGGCUCAAGAACCACGGACCAGGUGAUCGGACCCUUACACAGGGUUUAAAGGGUGACCCUACGUACCUUGUUGUGGAGAAUGACCGAACUCUCGCGACUUACGGUAUCAAUGCUGUUUGCACUCAUCUCGGUUGUGUUGUUCCAUGGAAUGCUGCCGAGAACAAGUUUAUUUGCCCUUGCCAUGGCUCUCAGUACAACAAUCAAGGGAGAGUUGUUAGAGGGCCUGCUCCUUUGUCCUUGGCAUUGGCUCAUGCUGAUAUUGACGAUGGGAAGGUCUUAUUUGUUCCGUGGGUUGAAACAGACUUCAGAACUGGUGACAACCCGUGGUGGUCAUAG